AUGUGGAAGUACAUGUUCCUGACGGUGGCGUUUGCUGUUUUCCUGUAUAAUAAUCAUCAAACUUAUGGCCAAAUCUUUGGCUAUGAGCCGAACAUCGACUACCCGGCGUUUGACAAGAUCCCUUCCGGAUUGACCUUCCGGUGUGCGGAUCGGCAGCCCGGGUACUACGCGGACGUCGAAACGCGAUGCCAAGUGUGGCACUGGUGUCUGCCCACCGGCUACAUGUUUUCCUUCCUCUGCCCCAACGGAACCGUGUUCAAUCAAGCGUACCGUGUGUGUGACUGGUGGACCAACGUGAACUGCCAAGGGUCGGAGGACAUGUACAGUAUCAACGACGAUCUGUAUCGGGACGUGGAAGGAAAUCUUAUCGUCGGCUAG